AUGAUUGGACGUCAAAUCACAUCUGAGCGCAGUCUUGAGAAUAAAAACAUUUUAGAUAUUUACAAAGACAAAAACAUGGCAAGGAUCGAAAGUCAAAUAUUGUGCAUUUUAUGGCUUGCCCUAGAAGCUGUUGUGCAUGCCUCCACCGAGGCAACUCUAAGCACCCAAGGCGACUCUGCAUGCUGCAUACCGCAGGAGCAGGCUGAUGCUGCACCAAAAAAAGCCAAAGAAAAACCAGCUCUUUUUUCUUCCCUUCUACGUUCUAUUAGAAAAGGUGUUACUGAACAGUUCCGCGGCCGGUCAGAAAAAAAAAGCAGCUUGACCAUCUUUGUUGAUCGUGAAGAAAACACGCCGCUUGAAACGGCUGCACCAGAGGAGACAAGCUCGACUUUUUCCUCGAUAAAGCGCCUGGGCGACAUUUACAAAAACUCGCUGGCUUGUACUAGCACAGACCCAAAUGCUAUGGACUCUCCUCUGAGCCAGGCCCAAAAGGAAAGCCUAAUUAUAAAUGCCCACAAGAAGCUAAAGAGCGAGUCCUUCUGGGAGCUGGUGUCUCUUCUUGGGCCAGACAUGCGCACUAGGCAUGCUCUUUUGAUGGAGAUUGCGAAAAACCAGCAAAAGUACGCCUUUUUAUACGAACGCGUGAACAUAAACCAUGCUGUGCUGAGAAAGCUGAUCAAUUUUUGGGUUGAAAAUGCGCCCAGCAGCUACUCCUUUAGGGACGCGGGGAAAGCCCCGUUCGAAUGCGAGCGCAGGACAAUAGGGGACAUGGUCUUAAGCCUGGGCGCGCGCGAGAGCAGCAGCACACGCCCCAUGGUCGAUAAUGUUCUCCUUCCGUUCACAAAAAAGCUGGGGUUUUUAACCACAGCAGUGCAGGCCCUGCUAAGCAUACCAGAAAUCAGCAAAGAUCUUCAGACGAUGCCGAAUGAGUUGUUCGGUUCUGUGUUUGACGACAUACACAACAGCAAAAACAAAAGCCUGUAUCUAGAGUAUACAUCCCUAUGCAAGGAUGCCGAAAUCGCUCCACCCGUGCUUUUUUUAAUAAUAAGCUGCCUGCUUGAGCUGGUGGAAAACACAAAAGACUACCAAGAGCAAGAAAGGCCUAAAACAGCUGAAAAUUUCCGAAGAAAGCAAAAAAAGCUGCUGGCACUCCUAAAAACCCAUCUGGACAUGUGCAAUCCAGACAAACAGUCAGAAAAUAGCUCUUGGCGCGCAUACAAGACCCUCUACAACACCAUGGCUGUUUUCUACCAGCUGUGCUCCAAGCGCGCUGCAAAUCUUGAGUCUAUUUCCGGAAAGAGCAGUGUACUGCUGGACCAGUACCAUAUAAACAGCUUCUAUAUGGGCCCAGAGGGGACGAAUACUUUUUAUUCGUUAAUUCAAUAUGGCAAGCGCGAGCACGAGCCUGUAUUGCUAGCGCCUGCCGAACGCAUGCAGGUUCAGCAUGUGUUCUACAUAGACAAUGAGGAGCAGGCCCGGAAGGUCGUUAUAAUCCCCACCUUUAAAGAUGGCUUGUCUUGCCUGCACAUAAGGAGGCACAUAUGCGCGCUCUAUGAAAAGUCCAUGAACGAGAUUCACGUUCUGGGGUUUAACACCGAAACAAAAAAGUGGUCCUACAUGAACCGGGAGAAAACGCAAUGCUUGAACUCGCGCGAUGCCAGAACAAACAAUAUUCUUGUGUUCUAUUAUAUCAUGGAGGCAGCGUCCUCACAAACAAGCGUGUGUCUGGAACUUGCUGAGUUUGUGGGGAACGGCCCGCUUCCCAGAAACAUGGCCAGGUUUCCGCUGCUCCUUAACUCCCUAAUGACGAGCGCAGUGUCUGUUACGCCGUACUCGCGCCUGCCAAAGAACGAAAAAGACUAUUCGUGCAUAAUCAGCGCAUUGGAUGAGAUUAAAAAUGUCUCCCCGUCUUUGUACGUGGCCAGCGCCAGCUCUGGCGCAAACUACUAUCCAAGUCUUACGUUUUGCUUAUGCCCGGAUGACCCUAGAAAGGGGCUGGACAUUGACCUCGAGAUUGCAAACUGCACCUUCACAAAAGAGCCUGCUCCAGAGAUCGAGGGCUCGAUUAAAAUGGUCUCCUACUACACGAGAGUUGCGGGGCAAGGAAAAUACUCCAAUCUGCGCUUCCAUACAGAAAGCGAGAGCUCCACAUAUUGGCGCGGCCUGAUGCAAGACGACUUGAACAAUCACAAAGUGUUUUCACUUUGCUUGUGCGAUUCCAAAGGCUCAUACGUGACCCAUAUCAUGCCAAACAAUAGCAGUAUCCCCAGGUGGUGUGCAUACGUCACAGACAAAAAGAACACGUUGGAGUAUCUUAAGGAAACUUCGCCAAAAGAGGCUUGGAAAAACAAAAAACUAUGCUGCGAAUACGCCAUAAUGCAUUCCUCCGAAAAUACAACUCUCGAUGAGCUGGGUAUCCGAUACGGCAUUCUAUGUGCUUUAAUGGAUUGCGAAAAACAAUAA